AUGGAUACAAUUGGAUUCAUUCAGUCAUUGAAGGUUGCUGUGCUUAGACAUCAGCAUUUGAUCAGUUAUACUGACAUAAUAGAAAAUAGUUUUAAUCAAACUUUACUCAUGCAUGUAAUUGGCACUUCAGUGAUUCUCUGCCUACAAGGAUACCAAUUUGUCACGGUUAUAUCUGAAAAUGGUGAGAAACUUUUGGUCAACCUAGUCUAUAUCGUCAUUUUUAUGACAAGUACCGCCGUUAGUGUAUUCAUGUAUUGCUACUUUGCCCAAAUAAUCCGUGACGAGAGUGAUGAGUUGCAUUAUGCGAUUUACGAGAUGAAAUGGUAUGAAUUAGCAGAUAAGGAUGCCGUCCUAGUUGUGGUUAUAAUGGGCAGAUGUAUGCUGCCAAUCAAAAUUACAGUUGGCAAGUUUGCGGAUUUUACACUCGAAUACUUUGCAAAAAUCAUGAAAACUUCAAUGGGAUACUUGACAGUUUUAUUGGCAGUAAAAAAACAAAUAGACUGA